AUGUCUCUUCACCUGAGGACUUCCUUCGAGGUCCUCUUCAAGCACCUCUGCCAAGACCUCCUUAUGGAAGAAGAUGGAGGAAAUUCCGAAGUCACUUCUAUCUACUCUGACUCAUCUGAGCGGCUGCUUGUCCGCCCGCCUGCCCGGCUCCAGCGAGGCCCGCGGGGAGCGCGACACAGUCCAUCGGCCCGCGGCGGGGGGCAGCCUCCUGGCAUCUUUGCGGCGCCCAAGAAGGACCAGGAAGUGGAGCGGCCCCGCGAGUACAAGGCGGGCGACCUGGUCUUCGCUAAGAUGAAGGGCUACCCGCACUGGCCCGCCCGCAACGAUGAACUCCCAGAGGGAGCUGUGAAGCCUCCAGCCAAUAAGUACCCUAUCUCCUUUUUUGGCACCCACGAACCUGCUUUUCUAGGUCCCAGAGACCUCUGAUCUUAAAAGGAAUACAAAGACAAGUUUGGAAAAUCAAACAAACGGAAGGGAUUUAAUGAAGGAUUGUGGGAAAUAGAAAAUAACCCAGGAGUAACGUUUAGUGGAUACCAGGCAAUUCAGCAACAGAGCUCUUCAGAAACCGAAGGAGAAGGCGGAAAUACCGCUGAUGCAAGCAGUGAGGAAGAAGGAGACAGAGUAGAGGAAGAUGGAAGAGGCAAAAGAAAGAGUGAAAAAGCAGGCUCCAAGCGGAACAAGUCAUACACUUCAAAGAAAUCCUCUAAACAGUCCCAGAAAUCUCCAGGAGACGAAGAUGACAAGGACUGCAAAGAAGAAGAAAAUAAAAGCAGCUCUGAGGGUGGAGAUGCCGGCAAUGACACAAGAAACACAACUUCAGACUUGCAAAAAACCAGUGAAGGGACCUAACUACCAUAAUGAAUGCUGCAUACUAAGAAAAUCAC